UUUCCUAAGGUCGCGCGGGGCUCCCGGGCGCCUUCCAGAGGCGAGGCCAGGACGCAGGGCUCGCGCGGACUGGGCCAGAAGCCCGGACCCCGCCAGCAAGGCGGAGCACUGCGUUUUGUUCGUGGUGUUUUUAUUUUUUUGCAUAGGCUGAAAUUUUGUGGGUUGCGUUAGGGACCUCCGCAAAAAGGACCCAUUUAUUAUUUUAUUUUUUUCUCCCCAAAAUGGCAGCCUCCAGCCGCGCACAAGUGUUAGAUCUUUACCGGGCGAUGCUGAGAGAGAGCAAGCACUUCAGCGCUUACAACUACAGAACUUAUGCUGUCAGGCGGAUAAGAGAUGCCUUCAGAGAAAAUAAAAAUGUAGAGGAUCCUGUAGAAAUUCAAACCCUAGUGAAUAAAGCCAAAAGGGACCUGGAAAUAAUUCGUCGACAGAUUUGAUGGGGUCGACUCGACUGCACACAACAACAAUCUGUAUGUGAAGACCAGUUUCAUUGGUGCUGUUUGAAGGAUUUCUCCAGAUUAUGCAUCUAUCAGUCUAAAAGACUGGAUUUUUUUUUUUCCUGAAACCUAAUAGGAAUGAUGGAUAAGAGUAGAGGUUUUGAACAAGAUAGACCUAAAUUUAAAUCCUAAUGCCAUGAUUCAGUAGCUCCUUGUCAUGACAUUUCAUAAUUUUAAAAACGUUAUUGUCGUUCAGUGUUUCCACUGAAAGCAAAGGGAUUCCACCAUUAGCUGUGUACUUGUUGUGGUUUUGAAAUACCAAAGCUGAAUUGUGUGUCGAAAAUUUUUAUUUUCCUCAACCUGGUAAUUAAGGCUCUCAUUUCAUGAAUGGUCAAUUAUAAGUAAUCCAAAGGCACUAAAAAUUCUCUAUGAUGUGGUACCAUAAUAAUCUCUGUUUUAUUAAGUGAUGCCUGUGCAGAAUUAAAUCAGUAUUUUAAGUAUUUUCCUUUCCUCCAAACGUUUGGUUUCUAAGAUCCCUAAUAGCACAAGAAUUUUUUUUUUUUUAAUGAAUCCUCUGUAUCUAACAACCUACAUUUCACUGCCUUACUGAGAUUGGAGUUGGAGUUGGGAUUUCCUUCAACAGGUUACUCCAUUUCACUAAUAGGUGAAUGCAUUCCACAAUUGCCUGUGCAGGUAGGCAUGCACUAGGAGCUUGGUAAAUACCAGGCCCCUGCCUGCAGCCUGCCUCCCCGUACUGGCUUCCCCAUGUGGGUAAUGAGGGUUACGCCAGCCCUCUCUAAGGUCCCUGACAUCUUCUGAUUCUGAAAAUAAUUGAUAAUGAUUGUUAGAUCCCAGAAACAUACCUGUAUAUGUUAGAUUUUGACCAAGGGUGAGUUAUGUCAUUGACCUUCUCUCUUUAUGAAUUGGCUUAAAGAAAGGUCGGCUGCUGGGACCUCACAGACGUGUGUCUUGCGGAGCGUGUGGGAGAGACUGGAUUGCGUAAGGCUGUAGUUAGGUAGUGCCGGUUCUUGCAGUCAGGGGAAGCAGGGCCUUUUCAAGAACAGCUUUGGACUACACUUUGUGAAAGCUUUUAACACCCAGCCAUGGCAGGAUGUUACAGGGACCCUGGCCACCACAGGGGGCCUGAGAACUGGGAAAUAAAGUGCCCUUUCUGAUAGGUGACAGAUCCUAGUGACCCCAUUUACUAAUGAGGUUUCUUCACUGGGACUCAGCUUCUGGGGGAGGAGUGGGAGGUAGAGAGAGCAAGUAUGAAUUUACAUCUUGCUUUGAACCAGGUUCAAUCAGAGCAGAGCCAAACUUCAUGUUUUGUUUUUUAAUAAUUCUUAGCUAGCAUUUAAAGUUUGCAGCUGUCUGUAUAACUGUCCAUGUUUCUCAUAAUUUUUUUUUUUUUUUAAUUGCACAGUUUUCUAAAACUCAGCCUGUUCUUUCCACUAAGACAUUGACGGCGGUUUUUCUUCUUGCCAGCAGCUUAGGGAACCAGUAGGAAAAUGGCUUGAUCCUGUCUGUAGCUUGUCCCAUGAGCAAUCAGUCAUCUUUAUGUCCUGCUUUUCCAGCAUUCCAGGUGCUUCAUGACCCUAAGCCUCUCCAGCUCCCUUACAGGGUCCUUGAAGGCUAGGCCUUACCUACCCCUCAGACUUUGCACGGUACAAGGCACAGAGGGCACACCCAGUAAGUGCCAUCUCCCUUAGGGAAGGCAAGGCCUUCAGUGCCCUUGUUCCUCCUUGUUGCUUGGUGACACCCUGUCAUCUUCUGGGCCACCAGAGCACUUACUGUGUUUUAUUGCAAUGGCAGUCUCUGCCCUUAGCCUAUGGACUUCCAGAGAGAAGGGUCAUUUUCUUACCAUGGUAUUCCUAGCCUCGUAGAUACAGUAAGAUCACCUUUCGUGCUUAAUGAAGGGAAGGCAGCUUGGAAGGAAGGCCCAGAGGAAAAAAGUUUUAAAAUGAAAAUCAGAAGAUGUGGCUCUAGUCUAGGCCCUGCCUCUGAGUCACAUAUGAGCAAAGGACGAAGCUUUCUGACCAAAGGUUUUCUAAUAUGGAAAUCUGCUUACCCACCUACUUACCCUGCCUACUUCCUGGUAGUUUUGUGAGCACAGAAUGAGAUGAUGUGUGCUAAUGCUCCCUGAAGACCACACAGCAGCUCGCCAGUGAGUAGGGUUUGUUACCUUAACUCACCAACACUCAGAGUAAAAGUCCUUCUCUAGCUGGGGAAGUGGCCAUCUCCAUUAUCCAAAAGGAAGCCACGAACUCCUUCUGUAAACCAGAGUUUUGUCCCCAGGAAUAUGCUGGAACCAAAGGUGAUCUGAUGAGGUCAGUUCCAGCGGGAUGAAGUUGGGCUGUUGAACUCAUUCUUUCUCCCAUCUUUCUCUCGUACCCACUGAGAGGAUGAGAGGCACGAUCUCAAACCCUGGUGUUACUUGUAGCUCUGUGAACUCCUGUUGUUAUUGCCGUCGUUGUUGUUAGUUAUUGCCGAGUUGUUGCUGACUCAUGGUGACGUCACGUAUAACAACGAAAUGUUGCUUGCUCUUGCGCCGUCAGGAUCAUUGUCGUGGCUCUCGUGGCAAUCCAUCUCACGGAGGGUUUUCCUCUUUUUCACUGACUCUCUACCAAACAUGAUGUACAUUUCUAGUGAUUGGUCUUUUCCUGAUGUCUAAAGUAAGCAAGCUAAAGUCUCACCACCCUUGCUUCUAAGGAGCACUCUGGCUCAAAUGGCUUGUUCCGGGACUUGUUUUCCUGCUUGGUAAUAGGUCUGAUUGUUGGCACGUUUCAGGGUGGGAUGUGAAGAAGGCUGAGCGGGAGUGUGUCUGUAAAGCAGCACAGCGCCUGUGCAUUGCAGAUGUUCGGCAAGUGGAAGAGAACUGCAGCUUCUUCCAUGCUUCAGCUUGUGGUGUUUUUCCAGAAUUCUUUUUAAAACUCCAGUGCUAAAAUACAUCCAGAUGGAAACAUGUCACUGUCACAGUUUGGUUUCAGUCCCCGAAUUAUGCUGGCAGGGGAGCAGCUCCUGGUCCCUGUUGGGUGGUUCUGCUCCAGUCACCCCCACACUGCCUCCAGAGGCUUUGUCAGUCUGCAGGCCCUCGGUGUAUGGUAUUCGUGGUUCUGUAGGUCAAAGGUACCCAAGUGCUUUUCAGUGGUUCGGGUAGAACUGUGAAGGCUGAAUUCCAAGUGACAGCUUCAGUAUAAAAUAUUUAUCACGUGCUGAUAAACGUAUAUCCAUCAUAUGCUGUUAGAAGGGCAAAGGGGAAUUUCCAUUUGCAUAAUCUUACUUCCGUAUUUUAAAUGUUCCCAUCACACUACGGACUGCUAAGCAGUGAAGUGAAAGAUUGGCUACAGGAAAAUGGUAAGAGCAGCUAGGAAUGGUUGGCGUUUAAAAGUGGAAACUGGGGGUGCCUUCGUUUGAAUGAAAAUGUCCUCAGGUUCAAAAGUUGGGGAGCAGCACCAGGAGCCCUUAAUAAGCCUAACAGACAGCUCUUCCAGACACCAGACUUCUCACACAGAUAGAUGUAGAUAGCUGAGGCCACGGUCGUGUUUUCACCCGUACUCAUAUGCGUAGAACGGUGGUGACUGGCCAACAUGGUAUGUCCUAGCAGAGCUUUGAUGAAAUUCUUUAUGCUUCUUUAAUAUUCAUCUUAGAGAGUCUGCUUUCUUAGGGAUUGUUGAGUAUAACUGGAAUGAGUUACAAAGAGGAGGGCUAAUAUUGGUCUGUAUUUGAGGAACUAGUUUUCCAAUGACAAACAAGUGUAUACAUUCAGAGUAGAGGAGCUAGCACAGAGACAGACGGGAAAUGAGAGUCGCACAUAUGGUUUCUUGGUUUAUUGGGGUCAUCUGUCCUUGUCUCCGUGAGGAAGGGAUUGUGUCUGUCCCCACUCUGUGUCAGUGCCUUACACACUGAUAGUGCUCAGAAAAUACCUGCUGAAUGAACUAUAGGCUUUAAUUUUAAAGGACUAAAUUAUACAUACUUGAAUUUCUUAGUUGUGGCUCAGUGUCAUUCUGUGUAUUUAUGGAAUAACAUUUAUCGGCAAUGCAGCGAGAUUUACUGAAGUUAACAAGAUUUUAUCCAUACUAUGGAACAAUCAUUAGAACCAAAACAAAUCAUAACAGUUCCCUGGGAGCAAUUGACAACCCUAACAUAACGUACAGACUUAUGAUAACAUAUUCAUGUCUUUGGGGGAAGAUGGGGAGAAGUAAGAAGGGAAACUUUGGAGGGAACCAGCUACUAGGUGGUUUGAUUAGUCUUUCACCCCUGAACCCAGGUCAGAUGACCAGUUUGUUCAUCAGGACAACUAUGAACCUCCACCAGGGUUUCCUCUGGCUUCGGCCUGCCCGGGCAUAGUUCACCAUCUUUCAGGUUCUAACACGUGCAUUCAUGCCACCUCCCCAGGGUGGUGAGUGAGACCAGCCAGUGGUAUGCCUUUCGGGGAUUGGGGAGGCCUUCUCAGGAUCCCACCUAGGCCAUCGAGUGAGUCCGGCUUUCACCUUUAUUAUGCCACAGUGGCUUUUGUGUGAGCCCCUGACUCACACACGUGUCAGACUCGGGGUCGGGUGGGCAGCUGACAGGGAGGACCAGGUAUGGUCCCGACACUUCAGCUCCAUCCAUUUUCAGGGCUAGUUGAUUCGGCAGGUGAGUUGCUACACACUCCUUAGUGGAUUCUGACUUCCGCGGCUACUGUCCUGGUGCCUGUAUCAUCCAAUACCUUUACUGGGGUCUGAUGAGCGUCAACAUUGGGUGCCUUAACCUGGUGUUUGGUUCAUUCUGCAGCGCCAAUUCUGCUUACCAAAAGUGGCCUACUAGGCUCUGGGCCACACCCGGCUGCAUACCAGCAAGUCAGGCUUCUUACCCAUUCAAAGUUUGAGAAAGGUUGAGAUCCUUUCCUCCCCAAGACCUCUAAUCAUUCACUUUACCGGAUAAAACCGCAUGGGUUUGACCUUGCUGGAGUACUCCACUGCUAACUGAAAGGUUGGUGGUUGAAGUCUACCUAGAGGUGCCUUGGAAGAAAGGCCUGGUGAUUUACUUCUGAAAAAUCAGCCUUGAAAAGCCUGUGGAGCACAGUUCUACUCUGACGAACAUGAGGUCACCAUGAGUCAGAAUCAACUCAAGGGCAACUAGUAGUUGUUUUUUUGUUUUGUUUUGUUUUUGCCUUAAGGAGGCUGGAGUGAUCAAAGGCACCUUGAAAAGGCCUAGGAGAGCAACAAUUCUUGCACGAAGAUUUGAGCAGAAAAAACACUUAGAUGAGUUAGACUGCAUGGUCCUUCCCUUGUCCACAUUAUCUUUUUGCAGCCUCUUAGGAUGGAAAAGAAGGGCCACAUGCCUGCUGUUGGCAGGUGAGAUGAUUGGAAGUUAGGAAAUCAGCCUGCCCAGGACAGGUGGGGAACCUACAGCAAGCCCAGGAAGCAGGUACUGCGUUUGUGAGCCGGGCUCCGUCUACUGCUCAGUGCAGUCUCUGGAAUACAGAGCAUCCUCAACCCAGUGCCAUUUACUCACCUUGACCCUGUGGAGAACCCUGUAUAUGUGAAUUCAGACAUUCCUGCAAAUUUAGGAAGACCAAAUUCAGUAAUAUUCUUGCCAGAGCACUGUGUUUAAACAAACCUGUUAUAAAAAUUCAGAUCUACCAAUAGAAUGUAAUUAGAUGUUGAUUGAGUACCCCUAGAAACACUAAUUCUGGUUGCGGUUGGUUAUUCACUCUCCAUGGAGACCGGAGGUAUUAACAUUUCACUGAUCACCUGCUCUGUGCCAUCAUCACACCAUGUUGCAUCACAAUCACCAAAACCCAGACCAAACCCACUGCUGUCCAGUCAUUGCACUCAUAGUGACCCUAUAGGACAGGGCAGAACUGCCCCAUAGGGUUUCUAAAGCUGUAAUCUUUAUGGAAGCAGACUGUCAUAUCUCUCUCCCUUGGAGCAGCUGGUGGGUUCUUUUAGCAGCCUAGUGCUUAAUUGCUGUACCACCAAGGCUCCUUUGCUUCACAAUAAAAAACAAAAAAACUCACCGUCAAGUUGAUUCCGACUCAUAGCGACCCUAUAGGACAGAGUAGAACUGUCCCAUAGGGUUUCCAAAGAACAGCUGGUGGAUUCGAACUGCCAACCUUUUGGUUAUCAGCCUGAGCCCUUAACCACUGCGUCACCAGGGCUCCUUGCUUCACAAUAAAAAAAAAAUAGGAUCCUUUAAUUGCAUUUUUUUGAUAAAAUGAACUUUAUAAAAAAUUUGAUUUAGUUAUACUUUUUAGCUUUAGAUAAACCCUUUCAACUGAAGGCCAAUGGCUUGCUUAAAGUCAAAGAGUGAGUCUCUGGGGAGAUUCUCACAGCCCUGUGACUCUUGGCUCCCUGAGCCCUAUGCCAGGGAUCCCCAGGGAACACACUUAAAAAUGCAUUGGAGCCACACUGAGCCACCAGAGGUUCACCACCUGCAGGAUCAGAAAGACAUUGUUCCCUUUGGAGCAGCAAAUGGAUUAGCUAAGGAAGUAAACCAGAAGGCCAGCCCAGAACUGGACAGAAACUAAAAAGAGUUAAGUUAAGCCUAAGUGCACCCAAUGAAAUGACUCACUCAAAGGAAAGGAACAGUUGUGGCAUGAGCAAAUCAAAUCCCCCACCCCCUGUUGAUGGUGAUUUGAGGCUUUGGUAUGUUUCUAGGCUAUUGUCAGGGAUCUGAGGAUUUGGGGGUAGAAGGGGAAGAGCAUGUGUGCCUGACCACGCACUGUGCACACAAGACCCGUUAGGCAUUCAGUGCCCGGGUUUGCCAGAUCCCUCGUACAUCUUCCUUGAUAGUAAAAGGAAACUUAAGGAAGGCUAGAACGUUCUGCACCUAAUACUCAGGUUAUACUCAAUUGUUCACCUCAGUUACUUAUAUCAUGCAUGAGUUCAGUAUUCCAAGUACUUUGUAAUAGAAAGAAAAACCAUAACCAAUCUCAAAAUAACCAUGUUUCUCCCAAGAAAAAGAAAUUUUUCAUCUUAAUUUUAAAACAUUUCUUUGUAUUACAAUACACUUGGAAUUUAGUUCACCCCAACUUUAUAUUUUAAACUGCAUUACUGGGGAGGGCCAAACACCACCUGGUCUUUAGUGGGAUCUUCAAAGACUGAACUUUCUACCUCGGGCUAGAGGUUCUCAACUUUGUCUGUACAAUAGAACCAUCUGGGAUGCUUUGAAAAAUCCUGAUGACCAGACCACUCCAGAUCAGUUGAAUUAGAAUUUCGGGGAGUAAGACUCAAGCAUGUGUUUUUUAAAGUUUCCCAGGUGAUUCCCAUAUGCAGCCCGGCUGGAGAGCCAGUGGCUUACACUGACUUGGGGAGGCACCUUGGAUGGGCCCAACCAGCUCAUCACCCCACACAGGUGCGGGCUCUCCAGAAGCUGAGUCUCAGGGACAAGCUGUGUUUGAUUCUUGUAAUCACUGCCCCGGCCUCUGGGUCCUCUAAAUUAAACCCUUCUUGUUGUGAUUGCUUAAAUUCUUUUGCGCUCUUACAGAGGUUCAGACUCAUUAAAAUAAUUCUCUUAUAAAUUAAACAAUGAAACUUUCUUGUAUUACAACUGAAAUUUCAUGUGCUCCCAUCAGGUAAGAUAAAACGCAUACUCAUGAUGAUGCUCUUUGGGGUUGGGGCUGAUGUUGAAAGACAAUAUUCUUACCAACCAAGUGGAAUGGCAGACCUUAGUGUCAGAAGAACAGCAGAGACAUGACCUCAGGAAUGGAUUCCUCUUCUCAGGAGAUUUUAUUUAAUGUUGUUUUUGGAGUAUCUUUUAGUGCAGCUGAGGAUAUGCCACUCAUAAAUUGUAGCUCAUCCAUCCAGCACUUCUGGGACCGGAGUGUCACGUAAACUCUGCAGAGAAUAUCUGCAGCAUUUUGUAUCUUUACAGCAGGCGUUUUUCCAAGUAACAUUCCAAGUGUAGGUAAAACUAUUAAGGAAUUAUGCACGUUCUGUCCUUUGAGAGGAGCUGUGUGGGAAGAAGAGAAGAUUAAUAUCACUAUACACCAAGAAAGAUAUUUGGAAAAUAUAUCAGUCCUAUCAGGGUUGGUGCUAUCAAUACACUCUAUACUUUGGUCUGUUUUGAAACUGUCUGCAGACCUCAGAUGCAGAAAUUGUCCACUGUCAUGUACUCUCAGAUCACCUUGAAAUGCAAGCAAGCAGCCAGGGAAACAAAGAGGGCUAUGGCUUUGAGGGGUAGACCCAGUGACAGCUGCUAAUGCACUGGGCCAGAUUUCCCAGCCCCAAAAGAAACUGGAUAUCAUGGCUUAAAUUGGGGUGGGCUGGCCAGACCAGUGUACCACACUUUUCUCACGGAGUUGCCUGGCAAUUUCUCAGCCCCAAGACCACUCAAGGUCCAGCCUGUUGACUCUGUGUCAGUCUUAAUCUGACUGUUUGUCCCUAGGGGAGGCCAAUAUUGUGUAGAUUUCACAAGAUGAUUUGUUUCUCAACUUGCUAGAAUAUUAGUGUAUGCCAUUCUUUGUAACAACUUUCUUGAGAUGUAAUUUACAUGCCAUGCAAUUCUCCAAUUUUAAGUGUACAGCUAGGUAGUUUUUUUAGUACAUUCACAGAGUAGUGCAACCACCAUCACAAUCUAUUAUAAAACAUUUUCUCUACCCCCAAAACAAACCAUUACCCAUUAGCAGUCACUCCCAUUUCUUCCUAAACCCUCAUCCCACCAGCCUUGGGCAACAACCAGUCUACUUUCUGUAUGGAUUUGCCUGCUCUGAAUAUGUGUUUCAUGUAAAUGGCAUUAUCCAAUAUGUGGUCGUUUGUGACUGACUUCUUUAACUUAGCGUAAUGUUUUCACGGUUUAUCCAUAUCAUAGCAUGUAUCAGUACUUCAUUCCUUUUUAUUGCCAAAUCAUAUUCCUCUGUAUGGAUAUACCUCAUGUAUACAUUCAUUAGUUGAUAGACAUUUGGGUGGUUUCUUCUUUUUGGCAAUUAUGAGUGAUGCUACUACCAUGACCAUUCAUGUACAUGUUUUUGUGGGGACAUAAGUUUUCAUUUAGUACAUAGCUUUAUCAUAUGGUAACUUUAUGUUUACCUUGGAGGAACCACCAGACUGUUUCCAAAGUUCUAAUUUCUCCACAUCUUGGGAACACUUGUUAUUAUCUGCCUCCUUUAUUACAGCCAUCCUAGUUGGUGUGAAGUGGUUUUGGGUAUGUCUUUUGUACAUAAAAACAACCGGACUUAGAUUGUAAGACUAACUUUGAACUAAUUCUUAGAACAUUCCAGGGAAGGUUAGGAGGUUUUUUGGGUUUUGUUUUUGUUUUUUCUCUAGGUGAACCUCAAGCCAGUCCUUCUCUGUAGCUAAACUCCAGAUCUCUGUGGAUUGAGAGCCAGUUUAACUCCUUGCUAACUUUACAGUGCUUCGAAGAGAUGGUUUUUCAGUGUGAUGUGGGUGGCCAGGUUGAUGCAGGCGAUCUGGAACCCUGGUUAAGAAUCCUGCCUUUCACUGCUUCAUGUGGCCCUCCCUGAGCUUUGCACAGGAUUGAAGGGAAUGACCUUCCCGUAUGGUCAAGGGCACUGUGCCCUGUCUUUCAUGAUGCCGCAUAGAGUUCUUUCAUAUAGUAGGUAUUGGGUUGACUGUAUUUAAAGUCUAGCUUCUUCCCUACACAAAUGAAACUGCUGUCUCCAAAGCAUAGACCUUGUUAUUGCUACACUAAUUCAUCAUUUCUGUACCCUUAUUCUUCUUUACAGGUGGGAUGUCGUUUACCAUACCUCUUCCUGAAAGUGUCAGCUUUGGCCCUCUCUUUUCAUCCCAACUGCUGGGCUCUACGUCCAGUAGAUAUUUGUACUUGGAUGUUUUAUUAGCAUUUGAAACCCGUCAUAACCAAAACUGAAUUAAUUUUCUUCCCAUCCUCUUAAUUUUCCUUCCUAAAUUCCCAAUACCUCCAUUCUCCUAGUAACCCAAAUCAAAUCCUUCCACUCCCCCAUGCAUAGAGAAUGGAACCUUGAUUGUUCACAUUGGCCAAGACAUCAUUCAGGGCCUCCUAAAAGGAUACUUGCAAAUAUUAAAAUAUAAUUUUAAGGUACUGUUGUAAAAACCCCCUUUUUUUUUAAGGCUCUGGCUUGGCAUGUACUCUUCACUUAUAUAAUCAGGUACAACCAGUGUAGGUAUUUGGCCCACCCUUUAGCUAAGGCAACGUGUCAUACUCUUUGAAUCCUUUUUGAAUACCUUCCUCGCAUUGCCUUCGAGUCUAUUCCGAUGUGUGGUGACCCCCUACCAUUAAUUGCCAGUAAGCGUCCCAUGUUUUUUCUGCAGGGCUUUGCCUGCGGUUCUGUUAGCUAUUCCUGUUGACUAGAUGUUUAUCUUUUUAAAUAAUCUCACCUUUAAUGUGAAAGCACCCUUUGUUUCCUGGCAGCCUGAUUUACUCCCCAUUUAUAGUGGUUAGAUGUGUAUCGACGGGCAUUACUCUCUGUGCCAAAGCACUUUGGGAGGCUCGUCAAUCUUGUGCUUUCUUAGUUGACAUUAAUAAUGUGUUUGCAUUUAUCAAUAUUCCUUAAUUGCUAAGUUAUAACAGUGGAACUUAUACAAUAAAUCAUUCCCACAGAUAACUUGAGACAUUAGGGCUUAAGGUUCCUGACAAUAUUUUGAUGUAUUAAAAAUUGUUUUUAUGAGGAUUUUUUUCCUACGAGAAAGGUGAAACUCUGUAGCGAGAGAAAGAGAAUCGAGCCAACGUCACCAUAUAAAAUUAAGUUAAAGAGCCACAUCGUACAGAUGAAAAUAGAAGGCAAUUUCCCAGGCCAGUACAGCACAUUCCCAUAAAGUGCAGCAUCUCCGCCAGCUGCCUGCUGAUGUGCUUGCCCUGAGAGAGAUGCUGUGUUAUGUGUUAGACACUGGAGAUGUUGUUGUUGUUGUUAGGUACCGUCGAGUCGGUUCCGACUCACAGCAACCCUAUGCACAACAGAACGAAACUGCCCGGUCCUGCGCCAUCCUCACAGUUGUUGUUAUGCUUGAGCUCAUUGUUGAAGCCACCGUGUCAAUCCACCUCAUUGAGGGUCUUCCUCUUGUCCGCUGACCCUGUACUCUGCCAAGCAUGAUGUCCUUCUCCAGGGUCUCAUCCCUCCUGACAACAUGUCCAAAGUAUGUAAGACGCAGUCUCGCCAUCGUUGCCUCUAAGGAGCAUUCUGGCUGCACUUCUUCCAAGACAGAUUCGUUCGUUCUCUUGGCAGUCCACGGUAUAUUCAAUAUUCUUCGCCAACACCACAAUUCAAAGGCGUCAACUCUUCUUCGGUUUUCCUUACUCAUUGUCCAGCUUUUACAUGCAUAUGAUAUGAUUGGAAAUACCGUGGCUUGGGUCAGACAAACCUUAGUCCUCAGGGUGACAUCUUUGCUCUUCAACACUUGGAAGAGGUCCUUUGCAGCAGAUUUGCCCAAUGCAUUGCGUCUUUUGAUUUCUUGACUGCUGCUUCCACGGCUGUUGAUUAUGAAUCCAAGUAAAAUGAAAUCUUUGACAACUUCAAUCUUUUCUCCAUUUAUCAUGAUGUUGCUCAUUGGUCCAGUUGUGAGGAUUUUUGUUUUCUUUAUGUUGAGGCGUAAUUGAUACUGAAGGCUGUGGUCUUUGAUCUUCAUUAGUAAGUGCUUCAAGUCCUCUUCACUUUCAGCAAGCAAGGUUGUGUCAUCUGCAUAACGCAUAUUGUUAAUGAGUCUUCCUCCAAUCCUGAUGCCCCGUUCUUCUUCAUAUAGUCCAGCUUCUCGUAUUAUUUGUUCAGCAUACAGAUUAAAUAGGUAUGGUGAAAGAAUACAACCCUGACGCACACCUUUCCUGACUUUAAACCAAUCAGUCUCCCCUUGUUCUGUCCGAACAACUGCCUAUUGAUCCAUGUAAAGGUUCCUCAUGAGCACGAUGAAGUGUUCUGGAAUUCCCAUUCUUCACAGUGUUAUCCCUAGUUUGUUAUGAUCCACACAGUCGAAUGCCUUUGCAUAGUCAAUAAAACACAGGUAAACAUCCUUCUGGUAUUCUCUGCUUUCAGCCAGGAUCCAUCUGACAUCAGGAAUGAGAUCCCUGGUUCCAAGUCCUCUUCUGAAUCUGGCUUGAAUCUCUGGCAGUUCCCUGUCUAUAUACUGCUGCAGAUGCUUUUGAAUGAUAUUCAGCAAAAUUUUACUUGUGUGUGAUAUUAAUGAUGUUGUUUGAUAAUUUCCACGUUUGGUGGGAUCACCUUUCUUGAGAAUAGGCAUAAAUGUGCAUCUCCUCCAGUUGGUUGGCUGGGUAGCUGUCUUCCAAAUUUCUUGACAUAGAUGAGUGAGCACUUCCAGUGCUGCAUCUGUUUGUUGAAACCUCUCAUUUGGUAUUUCGUCAAUUCCCAGUGCCUUGUUUUUUGCCAAUGCGUUCAGUACAGCUUGGACCUCUUCCUUCAGUACCAUCAGUUCCUGAUCGUAUGCUACCUUCUGAAAUGGUUGAACGUAGUCCAUUUCUUUUUGGUAUAAUGACUCUGUGUAUCCUCCCAUCUUCUUUUGAUGCUUCCUGCAUCAUUUAAGAUUUUCCCCAUGGAAUCCUUCACUAUUGCAACUCGAGGCUUGAAUUUUUUCUUCAGUUCUUUCAGCUUGAGAAACGCCGAGCGUGUUCUUCCCUUUUGGUUUUCCAUCUCCAGCUCUUUGCACAUGUCAUUAUAACACUUUACUUUGUCAUCUCGAGAGGCCCUUUGAAAUCUUCUGUUCAGUUCUUUUACUUCAUCAAUUCUUUCCUUUUGCUUUAGCUGCUCGACGCUCAAGAGCAAGUUUCAGAGUCUCCUCUCACAUCCAUCUUGGUCUUUUGUGUCUUUUCAGUAACCUCUUGCUUGCUUCAUGGAUGAUGUCCUUGAUGUCAUUGAUGUCCUUAACGUCAUUCCACAACUCAUCUGGUCUGCAGUCACUAGCGUUCAGUGGAGAUACAGCAGUAAAUUAGAUGUAUCUAGUCCUGCCCUGCCUCAUGCAGCUUCCACUCUGUAUUGGAGGAGGUAUUAAUUUCCUCCGGCUGCCAUAACAAAAUAACACAAACUGGGUGGCUUAUAAGAACAGAAGUCUUUUGCAGCACAAUUCUGGAGGCAGGGAAUCCUAAUCAAAGUUGGCCCAGCCGUGCUGUCUCUGUGAGCUCUAGGGGAAGCUCCUUUCUUGUCUCUCCCAGCUCUGGUAGCUCCAGGUGUGCCUUGGCUUGGAGAUGCAUCUUCAGAGGCCCUCCCUCCUCAGUCUGUCUCUCUGAGUGUCUUCUCCUCUUGUAGGAACAUCCCUGAACUUAUAUUAGGACCCACCCUACUCCAGUACGACUUCAUGGUAACUGAUAAUAUCUUUCUAUUUCUAAACAAGGUCACGUUCACAAGUACCAGGGAUUCGGACUUUGGCAUAGUUGGCGGGGGGGAGGGGUGUGUGUGUGUGCACAAUUCAGUCCGUAACGGGGGAAAAAGAAGUUACCAUGUAAAUCAGUGAAACAGCUACUCAGCCCCUGAAUGGGCUGUUUCUGAGAUUGUGCUCCCGCCCCUUUUCCCUGAUAUCACUGAAGAUGUCCAGGCAGAGGUGACAGGUCACUAUGAGGGGGACUCACUGUGGAUUUAUAGUGCCCCUACUAUCACUCUGGGAACCCUGGUGGCAAAGUGGCUAAGAGCUACGGCAGCUAACCAAAAGGUUGGUAGUUGGACUCCACCAGGCACUGCUUGGAAACCCUGUGGGGCAGUUCUACUCUGCUAUAGGGCUUCCAUGUCAACUUGAUCGCGGUGGGUUAUUGUAUCUUGGACUAUCACUCUGCAAUGGAAGAGUUACGAAAUGCACCCAGUGAUUAAAACAUCAAUAUGAACAUUGCUGUUGUUGUUAGCUGCCUUGAAGGCAACCCUGACUCAUGCUGACCCCAUGCACAAUGGAACGAAACAGUGCCCGGUCCUAAACACCAUCUCUGGGAUCAGUGGCAGAUGGGACCAUUGUGAUCCAUAGGGUUUUCAUGCUGAUUUUUCUAAGUAGAUUACCAGGCCUUUCUUCCUAGCCCGCCUUAGUCUGGAGGCUCCACUAAAAUGUAUUUGGCAUCAUAGAAACACACACAUCUCCACUGACAGACAGGUGGUGGCUGUGCAUGAGGUGCAUUGACCAGGAAUCAAACCCAGGUCUCCUGCCUGGAGGGCAAGAAUUCUACCACUGAUCCUUCCAUUGUUGGUUAGCUAGAGGACAGCUUUAGUUUCUACUUCCGACUAGCUAGGAACGUCUCCUUUACCCCUUUUGGCGUUUCUUCUCUAAGAUCCUCUACUGCUACUUUUGCAAACACCAAAACAUAAAGAGCAAAAGGCCGGGCAGAUUCUCUCUGCUAAGAUUAUGAAGUCUCUUCUUCUGGCCAUUCUACUGCAAUCUGAAAGUCAGGUGUUUUGGGAGCAUCAGCAAGGCUUCCAAUCCAUUAUGUUUCUUCAAUUGGAGUGGUUAAGGCACUACAACUUGAAAUGUUGUUCAGAAAUAUUUGUCUUAAUAAAGCUAUCAUGACAUUUUAAAAACAUGCACAUUAUGGGAUAAUUAUCACAUCUAGAACACAGACCUGUUGAAAAUAGAGCAUAUUGCUCACUCAUGGGAGAAGAAAGCACACUGUAAUUCCAGGUCCUUUUGGUUAUGUCAGCCCACUCAUUUCCACUCUCAGGGUAUCUUGCAUGUUAGUACCUUCUCCUGUAGGACUACAUGUCUGUUGCAUACUACAGGGUGAACUACAAGCCAGGAUUAAGCCCUUAGGCCCAAACACACUUCAAAUACAACUGAAUACACUACCUGCCAUACAUUUAACCACGCACAAACUCAGCAUCCUGUAUUUUCUGCUCUAUUCUAAUAAGAAAUUUGUUGUUAGGUGCCGUCAAGUCGGUUCAGACUCAUGGCGACCCUACAUAUCAUAGAACAAAACACUGCCCAGUCCUGCACCAUCCUUAAAAUUGAGCCCAUUGUUCCAGCCACUGUGUCAGUUCAUCUCAUUGAGGGUUUUCCUCUUUUCCGCUGACCCUGUACUUUACCAAGCAUGAUGUCCUUCUCCGGGGACUGAUCCCUCCUAUAUGUAUGGUGAAAGGAUACAACCCCGAUGCGCACCUUUCCUGACUUUAAAGCCAUUCAGUAUCCCCUUGUUCUGUCCAAGCAACUACCUCUUCAUCUAUGUACAGGUUCCUCAUGAGUACAAAUUAAGUGUUCCAGAAUUCCCAUUCUUCGCAAUGUUAUCUAUAAUUUGUUACGAUCCACACAGACGAAUGCCUUUGCACAGUCAAUAAAACACAGGCAAACAUCCUUCUGGUAUUCUUUGCUUGCAGCCAGGAUUCAUCUGACAUCAGCAGUGAUAUCACUGCUUCCAUGUCCUCUUCUGAAUCUGGUCUGAAUUUCUGUCAACAUAUUGCUGCAGCCACUUUUGAAUGAUCUUCAGCAAAAUUUUACUCACUAGUGAUAUUGUUUGAUAAUUUCUGCAUUCACCUGGAUCACCGAAUAGGCAUAAAUAUGCAUCUCUUCCAGUCAGUUAUCCAGGUAGCUGUCUGCAAAAUUUCUUGGCAUAGACGAGUGAGCACUUCCAGUGCUGCAUCCAUUUGUUGAAACGUCUCAGUUGAUAUUCCAUCAAUUCCUGGAGCCUUGUUUUUCGCCAAUGCCUUCAGAGCACCUUGGACUUCUUCUUUCUGUACGAUCAGUUCCUGAUCAUAAGCUACCUCUUGAAAUAUUUUUUUUUUUUUAAUUUUUAUGAUUUUUAUUGUGUUUUAAGUGAAAGUUUACAAAUCAAGUCAGCCUCUCACACAAAAACCCACAUACACCCCGCUACACACUCCCAACUACUCUCCCCCCAAUGAGACAGCCCGUCUCUCCCUUCACUCUCUCUUUUCGUGCCCACUUCGCCAGCCUCCACCCCCUCCACCCUCUCAUCUCUCCAGGCAGGAGAUGCCAACAUAGUCUCAAGUGUCCACCUGCUCCAAGAAGCUCACUCCUCACCAGCAUCCCUCCCCAAUCCAUUGUCCAGUCCAAUCCACGUCUAAAGAGUUGGAUUUGGGAAUGGUUCCUGUCCUGGGCCAACAGAAGGUCUGGGGGCCAUGACCACCAGGGUCCUUCCAGUCUCCGUCACACCAUUAAGUCUGGUCUUAUGAGAAUUUGGGGUCUGCAUCCCACUGGUCUCCUGCUCCCUCAGGGGUUCUCUGUUGUGCUCCCUGUCAGGGCAGUCAUCGGUUGUGGCCGGGCACCAUCUAGUUCCUCUGGGCUCCGGAUGAUGUAGUCUCAGGUUCAUGUGGCCCUUUCAAUCUCUCGAGCUCAUAAUCACCUUGUGUCCUUGGUGUUCUUCAUUCUCCUUUGAUCCAAGUGGCUUGUGACCAAUUUAUGCAUCUUAGAUGGCUGCUUGCUAGUGUUUAAGACCACAGACACUACUCUUCAAAGUGUGAUGCAGAAUGUUUUCUUCAUAAAUUUUAUCAUGCCAAUUGACUUAGAUGUCCCCUGAAACCAUGGUCCCCAGACCCUUGUCCCUACUAUGCUGGCCUUCAAAGCAUUCAGUUUAUUCAGGAAACUGCUUUUGGUUUAGUCCAGUUGUGCUGACUUCACCUGUAUUGUGUGUUCUUUCCUGUCACCUAAAGUAUUUCUUAUCUACUAUCUAGUUAGUGAAUACCCCUCUCCCACCCUCCCUCUCUCCCCCUCUAAUAACCAUCAAAGAAUAUUUUCUUCUCUAUUUAAACUAUUUUCAAGUUCUUAUAAUAUUGGUCUUAUGCAAUAUUUGUGCUUUUGCAACUGACUAAUUUCACUCAGCAUAAUGCCUUCCAGAUUCCUCCAUGUCAUGAAAUGUUUCACAGAUUCAUCACUGUUCUUUAUCGAUGUGUAGUAUUCUACUGUAUGAAUUUAAGAUAAUUUAUUUAUCCAUUCAUCUGUUGAUGGGCACCUUGGUUGCUUCCAUCUUUUUGCUAUUGUAAACAGAGCUGCAAUGAACAUGGGUGUGCAUAUAUCUGUUCAUGUAAAGCCUCUUAUUUUUCUAGGAUAUAUUCCAAGGAGUGGGAUUGCUGGAUUGUAUGGUAGUUCUGGUUCUACCUUUUAAGGAAGUGCCAAAUCGAUUUCCAAAGAGGUUGUACCAUUUUACAUUCCCACCAGCAGUGUAUAAGUGUCCCAGUCUCUCCUCAGCCUCUCCAACAUUUAUUAUUUUGUAUUUUUUGGACUAAUGCCAGUCUCAUUGGAGUGACAUGAAAUCUCAUUGUAGUUUUGAUUUGCAUUUCCCUAAUGGCUAAUGAUUGUGAGCAUUUCCUCAUGUACCUGUUAGCUACCUGAAUGUCUUCUUUAGUGAAGUGUCUGUUCACACCUUUUGCCCAUUUUUUAAUUGGGUUAUUUGCCUUUUUGUAGUUGAGUUUUUGCAGUAUCAUGUAGAUUUUAGAGAUAGGGGUCGCUAUGAGUUGGAAUCGACUCGACGGCACUGGGUACUGGGUGAGGUCCUGAUCAGACAUGUCAUAGCUAAAAACUUUUUCCCCGUCUGUAGGUAGUCUUUACUCUUUUGGUGAAGUCUUUGGAUGAGCAUAGGUGUUUGAUUUUUAGGAGCUCCCGGUUAUCUAGUUUUUCUUCUGCAUUCUUAAUUAUGUUUUGUAUACUGUUUAUGCCAUGUAUUAGGUCUCCUAAUUUUGUUUCUAUUUUUACUUCCAUGAUCUUUAUCGUUUUAGAUUUUAUAUUUAGGUCUUUGAUCCAUUUCGAGUUAGUUUUUGUGCGUGGAGUGAGGUAUGGGUCUUGUUUCUUUUUUUGCAGAUGGAUAUCCAGUUAUGCCACCACCAUUUGUUAAAAAGGCUAUCUUUUCCCCAUUUAACUGUUUUGGGGCCUUUGUCAAAUAUCAGCUGCUCAUAUGUGGAUGGAUUUAUGUUUGGAUUCUCAAUUCUGUUCCAUUGAUCCAUGUAUCUGUUGUUGUACCAGUACCAGGCUGUUUCGACUACUUCAGCGGUAUAAUAGGUUCUAAAAUCAGGUAAAGUAAGGCCUCCCACUUUGUUCUUCUUAUUCAGUAAUGCCUUAUUUAUCCAGGGCCUCUUUCCUUCCAUAUGAAGUUGGUGAUUUGUUUCUCCAUCUCAUUAAAGAAUGUUGUUGGGAUUUGGAUCGGAAUUGCAUUAAAUGUAUAGAUCGCUUUGGGUAGAAUAGACACUUUUAUAAUGUUAACUCUUCCUAUCCACGAGCAGGGCAUGUUUUUCCACUUAUGUCUCUUUUGGUUUCUUGCAGAAGUGUACUGUAGUUUUUUUUGUAUAAGUCUUUUACAUCUCUGGUAAGAUUUAUUCCUAAGUGUUUUAUCUUCUUGGGGGCUACUGUAAAUGGCAUUGAUUUGGUGAUUUCCUCUUCGAUGUUCUUUUUGUUGGUGUAGAGGAAUCCAACUGAUUUUUGUAUGUUUAUCUUGUAUCCCGAUAUUCUGCUGAACUCUUUUAUUAGUUUCAGUAGUUUUCUGGAGGAUUCCUUAGGGUUUUCUGUGUAUGAGAUCAUGUCAUCUGCAAAUAGAGAUACUUUUACUUCCUCCUUGCCCAUCUGGAUGCCUUUCAUUUCUUUAUCUAGCCUAAUUGCUCUGGCUAGGACCUCCAACACAAUGUUGAAUAAGAGCGGUGAUAAAGGGCAUCCUUGUCUGGUUCCCGAUCUCAGUGGGAAUGUUUUCAGGCACUCUCCAUUUAGGGUGAUGUUGACUGUUGGCUUUGUAUAAAUGCCCUUUAUUAUGUUGAGGAAUUUUCCUUCUAUUCCCAUUUUGCUGAGAGUUUUUAUCAUGAAUGGUUGUUGGACUUUGUCAAAUGCCCUUUCUGCAUCAAUUGAUAAAAUCAUGUGACUCUUUUGUUUUAUUUAUGUGGUGGAUUACGUUAAUUGCUUUUCUAAUGUUGAACCAUCCCUGCAUACCUGGUAUGAAUCCCACUUGGUUAUGGUGAAUUUUUUUUUUGAUAUGUUGUUGAAUUCUAUUGGCUAGAAUUUUGUUGAGGAUUUUUACAUCUACGUUCAUGAGGGAUAUAGGUCUAUAAUUUUCUUUUCUUGUGGUGUCUUUACCUGGUUUUGCUAUCAGGGAUAUGGUGGCUUCAUAGAAUGAGUUCCGUAGUAUUCAGUCCUUCUCUAUGCUCUGAAAUACCUUUAGUAAUACUGGUGUUAACCCUUCCCUGAACAUUUGGUGGAGCUCUGCAGUGAAGCCGUCAGGACCAGGGCUUUUUUUGGUUGGGAGUUUUUUGAUUACCUUUUCAAUCUGUUCCUUUGUUAUGGGUCUAUUUAGUUGUUCUACCUCUGUUUGUUUUAGUUUAGGUAGGUAGUGUUCCUAGGAAUUCAUCUGUUUCUUCUAGAUUUUCAAAUUUGUUAGAGUAUAAUUUUUCAUAGUAAUCUGAUAAGAUUCUUUUAAUUUCAGUUGGGUCUGUUGUAAUAUCACCCAUCUUAUUUCUUAUUUGGGUUAUUUGCUUCCUCUCCUGUUUUUCUUUUUUCAGUUUGGCCAGUGGUUUAUCAUUUUGUUGAUUUUUUUCAAAGAACCAGCUUUUGGUCUUGUUAACUCUUUCAGUUUUUUUCUGUUUUCUAUUUCAUUUACUUCUACUCAAAUUUUUAUUAUUUCCCUUCUUCUAGUGCCUUAAGGUUUCUUUUGUUGCUCCCUUUCUAUGUGUUCAAGUUGUAGGGAUAAUUCUUUGAUUUUGGCCCUUUCUUCUUUUUUGUUAUGUGUGCAUUUGUUGAUAUAAAUUGGCCUCUGAGCACCACUUUUGCUGUGUCCCAAAGGUUCUGAUAGGAAGUGUUUUCAUUCUCAUUGGAUUCUGUGAAUUUCUUUGUUUCCUCCUUAACGUCUUCUAUAAGCCAGUUUUUUUUGAGCAGGGUAUUGUUCAGUUUCCAUGUGUUUGAUUUCUUUUCCCGUUAUUGAUUUCCACUUUCAUGGCCUUAUGUUCAGAGAAGAUGCUUUGUAAUAUUUCAGUGUUUUGGAUUCUGCUAAGGCUUGCUUUAUGACCUAAUAUGUGGUCUAUUCUAGAGAAUGUUCCAUGUGCACUAGAAAAGAAAGUAUAACUUGGUUGCUGUUAGGUGGAGUGUCCUGUGUAUGUCCAUGAGGUCAAGUUGGUUGAUGGUGGCAUUUAGAUCUUCCGUGUCUUUAUUGAGCUUCUUUCUAGAUGUCCUGUCCUUCACCAAAAUUGGUGUGUUGAAGUCUCCUACUAUUACUGUGGAGCUGUCUAUCUCACUUUUGAAUGCUGAUAGAGUUUGUUUUAUGUAUCUUCCAGCCCUGUCAUUGGGUGCAUUAAUAUUUAAUGUGGUUAUAUCUUUUUGGUGUAUUGUCCCUUUAGUCAUUAUAUAGUAACUUUCCGUAUCCUUUCUGAUGGAUUUAACUUUAAAGCCUAUUUUGUCAGAAAUUAAUAUUGCCACUCCUGCUCUUUUUAGAUUGUUGUUUGCUUCAUAUUUUUUUUCAUUUCUUUUAGUUUUAGUUUGUUUCUCUAAAUCUAAGGUGUGUCUCUUGUAGGCAGCAUAUGAGGUGUGUCUCUUGUAGGCAGCAUAUAGACAGAUCUUAUUUUUUAAUCAGUUCUGCCGCUCUGUCUCUUUAUUGGUGCAUUGAGUCCAUUUACAUUCAGGGUGAUUAUGGAUAGGUAUGAAUUUAGUGCUAUCAUUUUGAUGUCUUUUUUUGUGUGUUGUUGACAGUUUCGUUUUCCCACUUGAUUUUGUGUGCUGAGUAAAUUUUCUUUAUAUAUUGUCCUUUCCUCAUAUUUGUUGUUUUUCAUUUUGUUUCUGCUGAGUCUAUUUUUCCCUUGUAUUUUAUUUUGAUGUGUAGGAUAGUUUGUCUCCUUUGUGGUUACCUGAUUAUUUUCUUAAAUUUAAAACUAACUUUUAUUUCUUUGUAUCGCCAUUAUCUUCCUCUGCAUAGGGAAGGUGUAUGAUUACAUUUCUUAGUCCCUCUUUAUUAUUUUAAUGUUGUCUUCUUUUAU